AUGGGAAGGAAUAAGAUUGACAUUCAAUAUCUUAAAGAUGAUCGUAUAAGGAAUGUAAAUUUAUUAUUUUAAUUACUUAUUCUACUAUUUUUAGAACCACUAUAUAAUUUAAAUUACUACUUAAUAUUAUGUUAGAUUACGUUCAAUAAAAGGAAAAAUGGUUUGUUGAAAAAAGCAUGCGAGUUGGCUGUGUUGUGUAACAUUAAAAUGCUGUUGUGUUUUACAGAUCUAAGUGGAAAUGUUUAUUAAUUCACCUCUACUGAAAAUAUUGAAAUGGAAAUGAUUUAAUCUAACCAUAAAAAGGUUUUCACUAAACAGGAUUACCCUGGAUUUCAAAAGAGAAAAGAAAGUGAAUCUUAAUCAGAAGCAGAAAGUGAAUAAAGUGUCGACUAAAAAAGAACCAGAGCUUCAAGUAAAUAACAAUAAAUUUAAUAAUUGAAUCAUUAGUAAUAACAACCUAAUGGAUAAUAGUAAAUGAGGCUCAGAAAUAAAAUAGAAAAUGGUGAAAAAAUACAAUAAUAGUAAUAAUAAUAAUAAUAAUAAUAAUAAUAACAAUAAUUAUAAUAGCAAAAUCAGUUUUAACAAGAUUCAAGGAAAAUGGUUAAAAUGGAAAACAAAUAGGAGGAUUAAGAUUUGUAGAAAUCCAAAAUAAGAGUUAAAAAUAAAAUGAAUAAUAAUGAUGAAAUGCUUGUUAAUGACAUUAUCGACCAUCAAUAAGCUAGAAAUUUUGAUGAUCUAUAUUAAUGUGGAAAUUAUAAUGAUGAUCAAUCAAAUUCCUAAUAAGAUCACUAGGAUUAUAAGUAGUAACUAUCAAUGUUUACUAAUUCUAAUCCAAUUAAACUUAUGAAAAUGGACAGUUUACUAAAUGGUCUCAAUAAUAGCAAACCAAAUAAUAAUUUUAUAAGUGAACAAUACAAUAAGUUCUUUAACAAAGAAAGAAUUGAUUCCUUAAACAAUAGUAAAGUAUUACAACCUAGUGUUUAAUUUAUUGUUCCACCCUAAGUGUAUUUUAAUAUUCCUCCUUCUCCUAUAAGUUAAGCAAUGAACAAAGUCUAUGUUGGAGUAGAUGAACCAAUGGAAUAUAAUUUAGGACAGUCUCAAUAUAUGGAUGGGUUUAAAAAAUACUCUAAAUGA